AUGGCUCCAAAACGCCGGCGAACGACGGAGAGUGAAAACAAACCAGUAGUACAAAAUUGUUCUUCAAGGAUCACAAGAGCUCGGAGUUCGUCGGUGAAGUUAAAUAAUUAUAAUUCGCCGGUGGUCGUCUUCGCUCACGGCGCUGGUGCUCCUUCAUCUUCUGAGUGGAUGAUUAGAUGGAAGAACUUAUUGGCUGAUGCACUAAAAGCUAUCGAAGUUUUAACUUUCGAUUAUCCAUACAUUGCUGGAAGAAAGCCUCCUCCCAAAGCAGAAAAGCUAGUUGAAUUUCACACAGAUGUUGUCAAAAAGACUGCUGCCAAAUACCCAAAACAUCCUCUUAUUUUGAUCGGAAAAUCCAUGGGUUCAAGAGUGAGUUGUAUGGUGGCUGCUGAGACUGAUAUCAAGGCUUCUGCUGUGGUUUGCCUUGGGUACCCUUUAAAGGGCACAAAAGGAGCCAUUCGAGAUGAACCCCUAAUGCAACUUUCAAUUCCUACCAUGUUUGUACAGGGUACCAAAGAUGGGCUAUGUCCAUUGGCAUCAUUAGAAGUUGUUAGAAAGAAGAUGAAAGCUUUGAAUACGGUUUAUGUGGUUGAAAAUGGCGAUCACUCUUUCAAAAUUGGAAAAAAGAAUCUUGAAAUGGCGGGAAUCACUCAUGAAGAAGUAGAAAGACUUGCUGUUCAAGCAAUUGCAACAUUUGUUUCUCAAAUUAUUGGUGCAAGCUGA